AUGGAGACACCCGAAGUAGAGUCCAAGUUGGAGGAACAGCAGUUUUGGGAUGAACUGGACAUCAUUCUGAGUACACCAUGUCCGACUCAGCACCAAAUCGAUGUACAAUUACGAUCCUAUCUUCAACUCAUAUCAACUUAUCGAGAUGAUUAUCUUCAAUCCGAAUAUGACAUGGUCAAGUGUGGAUUUCGACUCAUCGAUUCGAAGGAACCUUCGAAUUCAGCAAGGCUUCAUGUUAUAACUGCUACCCUCCUCUACGAUGGAAUCGACAAUCCGAAAACAUUCGAACUCAUGUUGGAGCAGAACGCCUUCGCGAGACUUAUCGAUCUGAUUUGGAAAGAUGUCGCCAGGUUAAACUUUGGUUUCCACAAACUUUUACUAGAGGUCUUCUACGAAAUGUGUCGGAUUCAAAAGUUGAGGAGCCAAGAUUUGGAAAUACUCCAAGAUGACUUUAUAAAACACCUUCUAGAACAAGUUGAAGAGGGUGGGGGCGAUCCAGACGACCCGUAUAAUUAUGCCAUUGUCAAAGUAUUGCUCGUACUAAAUGAACAAUACAUGCUCUCUGAACUCGGGAUGCGGGAAGAAGGACCUCCUCCUACGAACAGGGUUGUCAAAGUUCUCUCUUUUAACGGACCGGAUUUCAAAACAUUUGGAGAGAAUAUUAUCCUCUUACUUAAUCGAGAGACGGAGACCCCCACCCAGUUACUCAUAUUGAAGCUCUUAUUCCUGCUCUUCACAACGAGCAGAACUUACGAAUACUUUUAUACCAAUGACUUAUGCGUUCUCGUCGAUGUCAUGAUACGUAGCUUGGCCGAUUUGCCUGAAGAAGAGAAUACACUGCGACAUAUGUAUCUCCGAGUCUUUCACCCUCUACUUUCACAUACUCAACUUCGCCACCCACCACACUACAAACGUGCCGAGAUUAUAAAACUUCUCAACCAAUUGUCCAAUGUUAAAUCUCAGCACUUCUCGCCUGCGGAUCCGACAACCCUUCGUUUAGUUUCCCGUUGUAACAAAGUCGAUUGGCUCAGUGAUUCACCGAUAGAAGAAACGGCCCAUGAACUUGCAAGGCAGUAUUUAGGAAUGAGUUUACAAGACGUUGGAAGCAGCAUGUCGGUGGUGGAGGUUGCCGCUGUCAAAGAGAAGGCUCAAACAAAACCUGGGUCUAAAAAGAAAGAAAGAGGUGCACCGCCACCCCCUCCACCCGGUAGAGUUCGAGGAGUCUGGGGUGGUUUGGAAAAAGCACUACCACCCCCUGAGGUAAAUGUUGAACCUCCUAAAUGCGAACUUCCUAAAUGCGAGCCCAAGAAAAGCUCGCCUUUGGCCAAUGGUAGUUUGAGAAGAAGAGGACCACCGCCUCCGAUCCCGUCAGCUCGAUCCGUUCAUGCGGUUAAAGUGGGAGUGGCUACUGAUUCCUAA